UGCCCAUCUAUAUAUGAGAUGAUGGGAAAUCCUAAUUUUAAGUGGAAAAAGCAACCAGAGAUUCGAGUUUGGCGUAAGAAGAUAUCUGAAAACGACGAUGAUACUUCUGCAGAACUGGAAUCUUUUGGCCUAAUCGAGAGUAUUGAUCUAUUCAACAGUGCACUGAAAAAUAACGAGCUAAACUACGGUGGGAAUAAGAUAGCUUUACCCUUUAACUUUGCUAUCCUCGACUGGGCUGCUAGUACAAGAGAAAUUCUCAACAAAGCUCAACUUCCUGAUGGAGUUUCCUUCUAUAACAUUUAUGGAGUGUCACUUGAUACACCCUUCGAUGUUUGUUAUGGCACAGAGACUUCUCCGAUUGAAGAUUUGUCUGAAAUAUGUCAAACUAUGCCUGAGUAUACAUAUGUGGAUGGAGAUGGAACUGUACCUGCCGAAUCAGCUGCAGCUGCUCAGUUUAAAGCAGUUGCGAGCGUAGGAGUUUCCGGUAGCCAUCGUGGGCUUCUCCGUGAUAAAAGAGUAUUUGAGCUGAUCCAACAAUGGUUAGGAGUAGAGUCUAAGAAGGCUAAACGGAAACAGUUAAGGACUCGCAAAGUUGUUGAUUCUGGCUAAAUCCAAAGCCUAGUAGGUAGGCUUACUUAUUAAGGAUCUUGUUUGAAUAGUUCAAUAAUAAAGAACUUCUUGUUAUUAAAGUGUGAUCAUUGUAAUCAAAUUGAUAUGCUAUUGCAAGUUAUGACAUGUUGGUGCAUGGAUUGUAGUACGUAAUAAGAAAGCAUAUGGAAUUCUUAUUACAUUA